GUCUUGAUGUGCAGCAACAGCUUAGAGGGGGCUCAGGUUUCCGUGGCGUUGGCUAUAUUUAUCUCUGGUUCCAUGCCAGCGGGAAGGGUUUAAAUGGCACCCAGCAGUUGGCGUGAGGGGCUGCAGGAGCUUGGGGGCCAGUGGCAGGAACGAGCCUCUUCCGACCCCAUGGAGCUGUAUGAGACACCCCCCUACUUCUACCAGGAGCCCCACUUCUACGACGGGGAAAACUACCUGCCCGUCCACCUCCAGGGCUUCGAGCCGCCGGGCUACGAGCGGACUGAGCUAUCCGUGUCCGUGGACCGGCGGCGGGCGGCCACGCUGAGGGAGAAACGCCGGCUCAAGAAGGUGAACGAGGCCUUCGAGGCCCUGAAGCGGAGCACCCUGCUGAACCCCAACCAGCGGCUGCCCAAGGUGGAGAUCCUGCGGAGCGCCAUCCAGUACAUCGAGCGCCUGCAGGCCCUGCUCAGCUCCCUCCGCCAGGAGGAGCGCGGGCUGCGCUGCCCACGGGGCGGCCCCCCGGCGGGGGUACCCAGUGAAUGCAGCUCCCACAGCGCCUCCUGCAGUCCAGAGUGGGGCAGCGCCCUGGAGUUCGGCCCCAACCCAGGGGACCAUCUGCUCCCAGCGGACCCUGCCGACGCCCACAACCUGCACUCGCUCACCUCCAUCGUGGACAGCAUCACCAUGGAGGACGUCUCUGUGGCCUUCCCGGAUGAAACCCUGCCCAACUGAGGUGGUCUGCGGCCGGCGGCCAGGGGCCCACAGGCUGGCCACAGAUGCCGCCACUGGGGCACGGAGGCCACCGAAGCCAGCCUGCCCCCCUCCUCGCCUGUCGAAGGUUAAGCCACCAUCCAGAGAGGGAGUGGGCGCUCUCUCUUGGCUGACUGCUCAGAGCUCCCAGGGCCAUCCGGGUCCAGGGAGACAGAGCAGGGGACCAGAGCGCCCGCGGGUGCCCCGCUCAGGGGCAAACUCAGGAGCUUCCCUUCGAGUAUAACUCAGCCUUCCGCUCCACCCCUCCCCCCAAAUCCAGUCUGAGCGACAGAGUGUCCUGACCCGGACACACGGUGCACCUCCGUCUGCUCUUCCUGAGGCAGCGGCUGGGCUGGGCCUGCCCUGACUCGGGAGCAGGGAGAGGUGCCCUGUCCCCCAGUCCCCAGGGCCCAAGCUUCUGCCGUGAACACUGGGAACCCCCAGGUUUUAUGUUGUUUGUUUUGUGUGUUGUUUGUGAAGCUGCCAUCUGACCAAGGUGUCCUGUGCAAAGUUGCCAGGUACGGGAUGGGGGGCGGGGCUCUUGGGGUGACUUCCUUUGAUAACUAAGCAUUGUGUGGUUUUGCUAUUGUUUUGUAAUUUUUUUUGCUAACUUAUUUGGAUUUCCUUUUUUAAAAAAUGAAUAAACACUGGUUGCUAGAUGUCCGUGAUGAUGUAGACAGAGGGGUGCCUGCCGCUCCUGCGCCCCUCAGUCCAGACACGCCCAGGAUCGGGCAUGAGCUCCCAUUGCUGGUGGUCACC